UGUAACACGGCCCAGAGCUCUCUGCUCUCCCUCGUAGUGUAUUUUUUAGCUCUGCCUCGGUUGCUUCCCUUCCCCUGUGCCGCCAUUAAAGCCCGUCAGCUUCGUGUUUGGGAGUCGGGAGAAGCAUGAAGAUGAUUUAAAGCGUCAAAACAACCGAGCGAGGGAACGGGACUAGGGGGGGUUUGUUGCUCCGCGGUGUGUAUGGACCUUUAACUGCCAACUAAACGGCACCCAAAUAAGUAAAUAUGCGGUUAGUGUCGUCCAAGUGAGAGGAGCCCGAGUCCAGAUUGGAGUGGGUUUCUCUGCCUUUGGGGGGCGGGGGGGGCUCGCGGAAGCUCCAUUUGUUUUGGCUGCAGUGGGAAACUGAGGAGUGUAAACAUAGCAAAGUGUACUGCUUGCUGUGUGAUCUCCUUCAGAGUGCGUCUGCCGAGCUGAGGAUCCCUCUGAGCAGCAGGAAGCCUCCCUCAGCGUCGGUGCGACGAUGACCGAGCUGGUUGCCAAGUGGCCCUGUGAAUACUGUACAUACGAGAACUGGCCGUCAGCCAUCAAGUGCACCAUGUGCCGCGCUCAGAGGCCCAGCGGGGGUGCUAUCAUCACUGAGGAGCCCUUCAAGAGCAGCCCCCCUCUGGAUGCCAGUCUGCACCAGUGGGACCCUGCAGGCCUCAGCAACAGCCCAACCCAGGGGGGAUCCAGCCUACUUAUUUGCCCAGACUCCAGUGCCCGACCCCGCGUUCGCAUUGCUGAUGUACCUGAGACUAGUAGCAAGUGGUCAUGCCACAUGUGCACCUACUUGAACUGGCCUCGGGCCAUCCGCUGCACCCAGUGCCUAUGCCAGAGGCAACACGCUCAACACCAAAAGCAUGGGCAACACACAGCCCAUCAGGGACAUAUCACCCAGCACCCUCGCAGCCCCACAGAAUCACCCCAGAGCUCAGGCUCCGGAUGCCGUCCUGCUCCCUCAGCCACCAUUACAGACCCCUGUGAGGAAUAUAAUGACCGCAACAGGCUCAACACUCAUGCACAACACUGGACCUGCACCGCCUGCACUUACGAGAACUGGGCCAAGGCACUUAAGUGUGUGGUAUGUGAUCACCCCAGGCCAAAUAGUAUGCUGGCUGAACCCAUUGAGCUAGCAUCAGAGCCUGAGAUUCACCAACCUUCCUCAAAACGUAAUCAGCAGGAAAGGGACAACAGGAGGGGUGUUGUUGGGCAUGUGGUCGGGCAAGGAGUAGGGGGCGUGCUAGGGGGGGUAGUGGGUUGUAGCAGCAGCCAAAGAAGGUCACCUCCGACCUCAAAACGGGAGUCAGAGGUAAACAUGGACUUUCAGAGGAUUGAAGUGGCAUCAGGGGCUGGGAUUGGGAUUAAAGAGGAACUGGAGGUGGAUUUUAAAAAACUGAAGCAGAUUAAGAACCGGAUGAGAAGGACUGAUUGGCUCUUCCUCAAUGCCUGUGUUGGUGUUGUGGAAGGUGACCUGGCAGCUGUGGAGGCCUACAAGUCAUCGGGAGGUGACAUCGCACGGCAGCUAUCAUCAGACGAGGUGCGCCUAUUAAACCGCUCGUCUGCAUUUGAUGACGGCUUCACGCUGGUUCACCUAGCCAUCCGCUUCCAGAGACAGGACAUGCUGGCUGUGUUACUCACAGAGGUGUCCCAACAGGCAGCCAAGUGUAUCCCUGCCAUGGUGUGUCCUGAGCUCACGGAGCAGAUCCGUCGAGAGGUGGCAGCGUCUCUUCACCAGCGCAAGGGAGACUUCACCUGCUAUUUUCUCACUGACUUGGUGACCUUCACCCUGCCUGCAGACAUUGAAGACUUGCCCCCAGCAGUUCAGGAGAAGCUGUUUGAUGAGGUGCUGGACCGAGACGUACAAAAAGAGCUUGAAGAGGAGUCUCCCAUCAUCAACUGGUCCCUGGAGCUGGCCACCAGGUUGGACAGCCGGCUGUACGCCCUGUGGAACCGCACGGCCGGGGACUGUCUGCUGGACUCAGUGCUGCAGGCCACAUGGGGCAUCUACGACAAAGACUCAGUGCUCCGCAAGACCCUCCACGACAGCCUGCACGACUGCUCCCACUGGUUUUACACGCGCUGGAAGGAGUGGGAGUCGUGGUAUUCCCAGAGCUUCGGCCUGCACUUUUCCCUUCGGGAGGAACAGUGGCAGGAGGACUGGGCUUUCAUCCUUUCCCUGGCUAGUCAGCCUGGAUCCAGCUUGGAGCAGACCCACAUUUUUGUUCUUGCACACAUACUUCGUAGGCCUAUUAUCGUCUAUGGAGUGAAGUAUUACAAAAGUUUCCGUGGAGAGACGCUUGGGUACACCCGUUUUCAAGGUGUGUACCUGCCUCUUCUGUGGGAGCAGAGUUUCUGCUGGAAGAGCCCCAUCGCCCUGGGUUACACGCGGGGACACUUCUCAGCGCUGGUUGCCAUGGAGAACGACGGCUUCGACAAUCGCGGCGCGGGCGCCAACCUCAACACCGACGACGACGUCACCGUGACGUUCCUGCCGCUGGUGGACAGCGAGAGGAAGCUGCUUCACAUCCACUUCCUCUCAGCGCAGGAAAUGGGUAACGAGGAGCAGCAGGAGAAGCUGCUGCGGGAGUGGCUGGACUGCUGUGUGACGGAGGGGGGGGUGCUGGUGGCUCUUCAGAAGAGCUCACGACGUCGCAACCACCCUCUGGUCACCCAGAUGGUGGAGAAGUGGCUGGACGGGUACCGGCAGAUCCGCCCCUGCGCGUCUCUGUCUGACGGAGAGGAGGAGGAGGACGAUGAAGACGAGUGACAGAACUGAAGCGAGGCGAGGGAGGCGGUCUGCUGGGAGGGGGGGGGCAGGACUCCUCCCUCUCCUCUAUCUUACAGUUUUUUUUUUUCUUUCCUGACACGGACAAACUGUGAAAGCCUUCAGGAGAGGACAGGGAACCAAGCCCCCCCCCCCACUGACAGGAGACACUGCUGCUCUUCUAUCACACGCAGGCACUCGGACAGACACCUAAAAACACGUGCAACACUUUACUCUGAAAACGCUGAGACUGACAAACUGCUGCGAGACAAAGGUUUACGAAUGCAAACAACCUUUUGAUUUGUUUUUCAAAUGUAAAGGAAUAAAGGAUUCUCGAUCCAUAGAUGUAAAUGCAUGUGGUUGUUUUAAAAAGAGUAUAAGGAAAUAUACCAGCAUUUAUAUCUGUUCAGUGUGGGCACUGAGAAAAGCACACUUCCAAAUUGAUCUUUUUGAUGUUUCUUUUUCCAUUUUAAGACUUGGCUUGUUAAGUUUUUUUUUCUGAAUGGGCAGGGACAAAGCCAAUAAAUAUUAUCUGUAGAAAACCAGAGAUUGUGUAAUACUAAAUGACUUUAAUCCUUAUUACUAAUAAGCACUGCACAUUUAUUAAAAAACAUUUCUAUAUAAAUACAGUAUCAUUGCUUGAAUUAAGGUCAUAUAUGAAGCUCUUGGAAAAGGGAGAUUUCCCCUUUACAAGUCAAAUCUACACUCAAUCUUCGCACACAAACAUUCAUGUUGGAUCUUUGGUUGACCUUUUUCAGACUGAUUGAAGUUGCGUGUGUGUGUGUGUUUUCUCUUCUCUGAAAUUACUCUACAUAUUUAUUGUUUGGAAACUUGUGGUUUUGUUAAUUAUUCUCUCAAUCUUGAUGAAGACACGUUGCACAGAAACACUGUUGCUGUGAGGAAAGGAACCAAUCAUCACCAUCAGUGAAAAGUUUACUUGCGUUAUUGCGUGCGAUUUAGUACCUCAUCUGGAUGCCUCAAAUCUGGUGCUUUUCUUUUGGGCAGGCAGAGUGAGAGACACAUUUAAUGUCAACAUAACGUCACAGCGUUGUUUGUUAUUUCCUCUUUGUCCCUUUUUUCCCUCAUAGCAUUUGUUGUCAAGGUCAUGGUACACGUCAGUUCACCUCCUCUGUUUGUUGUCCUCAUGUCCUCCUUUAAGUUUGUGAUUAAGGUCAUUGUGAGACUGCAACAUAUAAAACCAAAGCUGACAGAAGAAAAAACAAGUUACUUUUUUUGCUGUGAAUGUUUUUGCAUUUCGUUUUUUUUCUUGCCAUUGCGUACUGUAACCUCUUUCCUGUUUCAUUUGAGCAUCUCCUGUAUGUUGCUUUGUAUUUAUGAUGCAAGUUGUGACUAUGAUGGUGUGUGGAUUUAGGCCUGACUUCACUAUACAGAGUGUAACGCAAUGAACAGGCAAAAUAAAUGUCCAACUAAACUGCU